AUGCAGAGCCCCGGCGCCGCGCUGCUCCUGGCUGGGGUUCAGGUGGGGGCCGUGCGCCCGGGCUCCGCCACCUGGUACCGUCAGGAGGGCGGCCCGGUGUGCCGCUGGCCGCAGAAGCCGCAACCACCUGAGCCGCGCAGCAGAUCCCCCGCCCCUUGGCCCUGGGCGCACCACUCCGAGUUCCGACUGCCUGCGACACUGCCAUGGCCCGGGCCCGCCUCCGCAGGUCUCCACCGGGCCAACGCAGGCGGCCAAAGCCAGGUCGGCGGCCCCGCCCCUGCGCGCCGCCUGGACUGCGCCUUCCCAACGCUCGCCCGCAGCGCCCAAGCCAAGGGCGCCGCGGAUCCCCACCCCCUGGGCCCCACGCACACCCCGGCCCUGGAUGACCCUCAGCCGCAGGAAGGUUCAUUUGUCCUCUGGCGAGGGUUCUCCAAGGCAUCUCACCACAUGGGCCGGCUCGGAAAUGCCAAGAUCCACGUAGAGAGAGCUGUCAAGCAGAAGAAAAUCUUUAUGAUCCAAGGCCGCUACCCAGUGAUCCGGUGCCUCUUGCGCCGAAGGGGAUGGGUGGAGAAGAAGAUGGCCCAUCACACAGGUACCACCCUGCCACCAUCCCAGAAGGAUCUGGAUAGCUCAGUGAUGUGUGAUAGUGACACCACUGAGGAUGAGGAUGAAGACGAGGACAAGGAGUUCCGGCCACCGCAGCUGUUCGACUUCGAUGGUUUACUGGAAUUUGAUGACCUAGAUGGGACCCAUGCUCUGAUGGUGGGUCUAUGUCUCAAUCUCCGGAAUUUGCCCUGGUUUGAUGAGGCUGAUGCUGACUCCUUCUUCCCGCGCUGCUACCGCCUGGGGGCUGAAGAUGACAAACGAGCCUUCAUAGAGGACUUCUGGCUGACAGCCGCCCGCAACGUUCUCAAACUGGUGGUGAAGUCCGAAUGGAGGCCAUGCUCUAUCCAGGAAGAAGAGGAAGAGACCCCAGGAGACAAGCAGCACAAGAAACAGGAGAAAAAGCCAGUGACAGUGUCCCCAGAGUUCGUGGACGAGGCUCUGUGUGCAUGUGAGGAACACCUUAGCAACCUGGCCCACAUGGACAUCGACAAGGAUCUGGAGGCCCCGCUGUACCUCAGUCCUCAGGGCUGGUCCGUCUUCCUCCAGCGCUACUACCAAGUGGUCCACGAGGGGGCAGAACUCAAGCACCUCGACACUCAGGUCCAGCGCUGUGAGGACAUCCUACAGCAGCUGCGGGCUGUGGUGCCCCAGAUCGACAUGGAAGGGGAUCGCAACAUCUGGAUCGUGAAGCCAGGAGCCAAGUCCCGUGGACGAGGCAUCGUGUGCAUGGACCACCUGGAGGAGAUGCUGAAACUGGUGAACUGCAACCCCAUGAUGAUGAAGGACGGCAAGUGGGUGGUGCAGAAGUACAUUGAGCGGCCCCUGCUCAUCUUUGGCACCAAGUUUGACCUGAGACAGUGGUUUCUGGUGACUGACUGGAACCCACUUACUGUUUGGUUCUACCGUGAUAGCUAUAUCCGCUUUUCUACGCAGCCAUUCUCCCUAAAGAACCUGGACAACUCGGUGCACCUGUGCAACAACUCCAUCCAGAAACAUCUGGAGAACUCAUGCCACCGGCAUCCACAGCUGCCCCCAGACAACAUGUGGUCAAGCCAGAAAUUCCAGGCCCACCUGCAGGAGAUGGGGGCCCCAGAGGCCUGGUCCACCAUCAUUGUGCCUGGCAUGAAGGCUGCUGUGAUCCACGCACUGCAGACCUCCCAGGACACCGUGCAGUGUCGGAAGGCCAGCUUCGAGCUCUAUGGUGCGGACUUUGUGUUCGGGGAGGAUUUCCAGCCUUGGCUGAUCGAGAUCAACGCCAGCCCCACCAUGGCGCCCUCCACGGCGGUCACGGCCCGGCUCUGUGCUGGCGUGCAAGCCGACACUCUGCGUGUGGUCAUCGACCGGCGACAGGACCACAAUUGUGACACAGGAGCCUUUGAGCUUAUCUACAAACAGCCUGCUGUGGAGGUGCCCCAGUAUGUGGGUAUCCGACUCCUGGUAGAGGGCUCCACCAUCAAGAAGCCCACGGCAAUGUGUCACCGGCGGAUGACAAUCCGCCCGGCACUCCCUCACCUGCUGACCCAGCAAGACUCCAGGGAAGCCCCUUACCGUUUCCCCAGCCUCCACACCAAGGCCUGGCUGCCUUCUCCCCAUGUAUUCCGACCCCAGGGGCGGGGCCUCAGACUGCAGCACAAGCUGGUGGGCUCUCAGGCCCUGUCGACCACAGGCAAGGCCUUGAUGACUCUACCCAUGGCCAAGGUUUUGAUUGUCCUCCCACCUAAGCCUGAGCUCAGGCCGGCAGCCAGCGAGAGACCAAGCCAGGUGGGCCUCCAAUUAGCCUUCGUGGCUUCCAUCCUGGAAGUGCCUUGUGGCCUCUGUCCCUUGAAGUUGGAGCAUGUCCUAUCACCCAUAGGAAGGUCAAGGCCAAAGGCGAGUUCAAGGACAGGCUCUAAGAAACCCAAAGCUGAAGCAUGCCUCAAGAAGGGGCUGAGCCACCUGGGACCCCUACGCCUUAUUGGUGAACAACAGAUGUUGGAGGGUAUGGGGGAUGCGAGGCUAGAAAAGCCCCUGCUUCUCCCCACCACCUCCAUCCUGGACUCAGAGCCAAAUAAAAUGGAGCAAGUGAAAUCAUCUGGGCUUGGCUCCAUUUCUAUUGGAGGGUGA